GGGCCCUUAAACGCAACCAAGGUUUGUGACAAAACGCAGGCGGCUCACGCCACCACUUAGAAUACAGGAGAGUACAAUAUCCCCACGCUCCUCCCUUAAUCAUUGUUCGCCCAAAUAUUUUUUUCUCCAAAACUGGAUUCUGACUCAUCAAUGGAGGAUUUGCAUCAUUUUCUGCAAACAUAAAACUAAAUUUAUACAUAUACUCUUUUCACCUUUUUCCUUCACCUCCUUUUCUCUCUCUAUACACGCGAAACACGUUUUAGGUGUUGUGUGUAUAUGUGUAUGUGUUUGAAUUGUUAGGGUUCAUGGAGGUAGUGGAGGAGAACGGUAAAAAGCCGAUCCAGUUAGUGAGAGCGAAAUCUGACAAGGAUCGGAUUAAGGUAAAGAGGAAGACGCUAGAAGCUGUGCUUCAGGAAUGCCAAAUAGCUCUCGAAUUGCUUAGUGCUACUGGUUCCGUUGAAGAUGAAGACACCGACGACUCCAAUUCUAACAGUGAUGUUGACCGCGAUGCUUCGGCUGAUGACUCCGGUCAAAGCUCCUCUUCUCCAGCUCAUGUCACCGAGACCGAUGAGCUGCGAGAUCUCCUGAAAUCUAGAGUUGAGUGUCCAGACUUCCUUCAAAAGCUAGAAAAAGCUCAAGCAUCAGUUCCGCAAAACUUAGCUGAAGAAGGAAGUUCAUGGGACAUGGUCAAUGAAAAUGACCUUUGGGAAGGUGGAGAUCCCGAGUUAGACAAAGAAGACUAUGUUUUAGUUAAGCAAGAAGAUAUAGUGGAUGGUAUAGCUUGCUUCAUGGCUGCAUAUCUGUUGUCUCUUAAACAGACUAAGGAUUUGACACCAAAUCAACUCCAGGAAGCCCUCAGCAAGACAUUCUCGGUGAAAAAGAGGAAAGGAAAGCUCCGAAAGGCAUGGGAUGGAAGUAAAGUAAUUUACAACGUAGCAUCUUGGGGGGCUACAGCCAUUGGGAUAUACCAAAACCCAGCUAUUCUAAGAGCUGCAUCAGCAGCAUUCUGGACUUCAUGCCGUGUAAUAUCAAAGCUCUUUUAAGCAGCAGUUAUGGCUUGGCUGAAAUUCCGAGGCUUCGCCUGCACAUUGUAUGUGUGCUUGUGCUUAGGUUGUUGGUUCUUUAAUAUGUAAUAUAAAUGCCAUUCUUUUGUUCAACACACCGUAGUGUUCUCUGUAUUUAAUCCUGUAAAUAUUUCUCCAAUUGAAUAGCCUGUGUGCAGAUUGAUUGGGCUAAUCUGAUGUUCAUGUUUGAUUAUUGAUUCUCUGCUGAUCGCAGUUGAUCAUGAAGCCUUCUGAAUUAGUUUUC